UCAGUUUCAAACAGUCUGUCUGUCAUCAUCAAAUAUGCUCUCCAAGAGUCUGCAGUAUCCAGACAGCCUUGGAUGGAAACACAGCCACAGGCUUCAUCAAAGCAUGUUCAAAUCUUCAAUUCUACUUAAGACUGGUAUCAUCGUCUUACACAUCCUACCAGUGAUCUCAUCAGCAGGCCAAUUGCUGGUCAACUUCAGCAACUUCCUUUGCUCAUUUUUCAAAUAGGUACGUCCAUUUCUAAUUUUAACAGUUUACAGCAGAUUGUUGCAUGCAAUUAAAGAAUGAUAAUUAAAUUACUAUUGCACUGUAUCAUCUGCAGACAUGAGGAUAUUUGGCCAAGUUGUUUUUUUGCUAUUGCUGGGGAUGAACUGGUGUAAGAAUACAAAAGUCCAGUCCGCCAAGAAAUCUACACUUCGGAACCAAGCAAACAUUGGCGUCCAGACUUCACCCGAGGCUGCUUUCUCCACUGGGAGCGUUUCAAACAAUCGAGGUACUGGAGACAACGGUGGAGGUGAAUCAACAAGGGAAGAUGUUGCUGGAGCUCGAGCAACUAAACAGCAGGCAGAUGAAAUGAAGCUGCACUUUCUCAAAAACCCGCACGUUACAUGUAAUGAUGGGACACCAGCUGGGUUCUACCUAAAAGAGAUCAAAGGGAGCCGCAGAUGGCUGUUAUUUCUGGAAGGUGGCUGGUGCUGCUACAGCAAAGAGACCUGUGAUUCCAGGUACCAAAAUAUUCCUCGACUAAUGAGCUCAACAGGGUGGCCUCUGACAAAAAGUGGUCGUGGCAUACUGUCUUCCCAAGUGGAGGAGAAUCCUUAUUGGCACAGCACAAACAUUGUAGUCAUCCCAUAUUGCUCUAGUGAUGUUUGGAGUGGCACCGGGCCUGCCCCGACUCCUCCUCCAAAGCAACGACAGGAGAGAGAGAAAGAUCGGGAUAGAAAUAAAAAUGCAACUGAGUAUGCUUUCAUGGGAUCACUUAUUAUCCGAGAGGUCAUCAAAGACCUUAUUCCCAAAGGAAUCAAGCAGGCCAAGGUUGUUUUGUUGUCUGGCACAAGUGCUGGGGGUACAGGAGUCUUGCUGAAUAUUGAGCGUGUUGCCAGUUAUCUGGAGCAGUUGGGUGCAGAGGCACAGGUCCGAGGUCUGGUCGACUCUGGUUGGUUUCUUGAAAGUAAACACCAGAGAUCACCGGACUGCCCUGAAACGGUUACUUGCUCACCUGAAGAUGCUAUAAAGGUCGGCCUCAGGUUGUGGAAUGGCAUAGUGCCUGACAGGUGCCGUCGCCUCUAUAAGAAAGGGGAAGAAUGGCAAUGCUUCUUUGGCUACAAGCUGUAUUCAACUUUGACUUCACCCUUAUUUGUUGUGCAAUGGCUGUUUGAUGAGGAACAACUUAGGGUGGAGAACAUCUACAUUGGAGGACAGCACAUGAGCAAUGAACAAUGGCAAUACAUACAGAACCUAGGCACAGAGAUGAAGAACUCCUUAAGAGAUGUCGCAGCAGUAUUCGCUCCUUCCUGCCUUUCUCAUACAGUGAUCACCAAAAGCAACUGGAACACUUUCCAAAUUAGAGGCACUUCUUUGCCACGCGCCCUGCACUGCUGGGACAGAAGCCUGGAAGCCACUCGUAACAACAGAACUCCAGCCAAAGGAUGUCCGUUCUACUUAAUGGAUGAUUGCCAUUGGCCUCAGUGUAACCCCACCUGCCCCACCUUGGUAAACCAGGCAACCCAACAGGAGCUCACCUUGCCUCAGAUGCUGGUAGCCAUGGGACUUGACCUUCGGAGGCUAGGCUUGAACCCCAAAAAGGAUGCAGAUUUCCUUGCAAGCAUGGGCAGCAAUGGUGGCUAACAUUAAAAGCACACAAAAAGGCUGAGUCAGGUGUUAUUUUUCAUGUAACCAUCAAAAUAGUAAAGAAAAUCCUGUUACCCAAGUAUGUUCCAUGUGUCAAGCCUCAAACCUAAGAUUCAAAUGUUUUUUGUUGCUGUUUUAUUUCUUCUAUUCAAAACAAUAGACUUUAAACAUUGAACUGGGCAUGGUCGUAGUCAAUAUCACUUUUAUUGAAGUAACAAGAAUCUUACAAAUUGUCAGCAUCACCCAAAACAUUUAAAAAAAAAAAUUCAUGCUAUGAAACUUUUUUUACUAGCUUGACAUGCAUAUUUAUUUAUAUAAUUUAUACUCAGUCAUUUGUCAAUUUAGUUGGGGAUUUUUCCAGCCUACCAUUAUUUAAAGCAACACUAUGUAACUUUUCAAUCUUUAUCAAAUAUUUUCAUAACGUUUGUGAUCAUAUGUCGACUGACAACUAGUUGAGUGACAAGUAUCACUCAGCUAGUUGGAGCAACUAGUUUCACCGACACUAAUUAACUUUGAGGAUGGUUGCAGGACCCCUGUCACACACACAAAAAAAUAUAAAUGUGCUGACUGCUUUACGGCAUACGUCAUUUCCCCCUUUCCCCAUCCAUUAUAAAGACGGAAGUCAAUGCGAUCGCUUUCGCGCGAAUACUGCAAAGAUGGCAGAGCAACAAAAGAGACGAAAAGUUUUGUCCGAGGAGGGGAAAAAAAGGGUGGCCACCAGGAUAAACGAAUACUCAAGAUUAAACAAUGGCCUGGCUUUCACUCGCUGGUAUGACACCAGCACCCCACUACCAAAUCAGCCCUAACGAGAUCGGAUGGGGUGUUAGCCACACCAAGCCACAGGGUUGCUGACCUUCAUAUGCUAUUGUUUAGCUACAACUGGAUUAAUUACGUUAUUACUAUUCAUCCUUCACACAAACACUGUAAAGCGAAAUGUUGUUUAAUCCAUCUGCAGGCGACCGAGAGAUCUUAAUUUUACGAUGCUGUGCGGGUGUGCGCAUCUCUUUAUGGGAAACGCAGCCUUCCUCAGGGAAAAACACUACUGCUUUUGUCC